CGAUAUGUUAUUGUUUUGUUUUGAUUGGCAUUCGAUGUUUCUGCGCCUCCAAAACACACAAAGGCAAACCAAAAAUCAAUAGCAGAAGGAGCACCAAAGCACUAGUGGCAUGAGUAUCGACGACGUGAUCUACGUGAUCUGCCUUCUGGGUUGCAUCGGAGCCGGGAGCUAUGUGAGGAAGAUCGCGGACGAGAGCCAGCGCAAGCUGGUGUCCACUGCGCUGGGCGUGACUGUGGUUGUUAUUGUGUCGGGGCUCCACAGCCUGUUUUGUUUCGCCUCCCUGGCCCUGGGCACCGCCACCGUGCUCCUCGUGCAUCCGAGCAAAGGCCACCUCGUCACCUUCGCGGUCAUGUUUGGCUACCUGGUGGUCUUCCGCCUGUUCGACUUCCACCUGGGCAUUCCCGGCCACACCAACAUGAUACAAAUGAUACUGACCCUGAAGGUGUCGGGCAUUGCCUUCGAGAAGACAGCCGCCUGGAAACGACUGCAGGCUCGCGACGAGCAGAAGAAGAACGACCAGCGGGAUGUAAACCAGGAGAGUCUUGUCGAGAUUACCGACUACGACGAGGAGCUGCAGACCCUGACUGCCGUCGAGAUCCUGCACUACAGCUUUAACUAUAUCGGAGUUCUAACAGGUCCCUACUAUCGGUAUCGCACGUACAGGGACUAUUUUGAGAUGCCCUUUAAGACCCACGCACCCUGCGUUGAAGCCACUCUGGAAAAGCUAAAAAAUGCAGUAUUCUACUGCGCUCUUUAUCUGGCCACCAACUAUUUCUGGCCCCUAGAUUAUGCUUUGAGUGAUGAGUUCUUCAACGACCGCUCCUUUGUCUACCGCUUGCUGUACGUGUGGCCCACGUUCUGGACAUUCCGUGCUCGCAUUUACACCGGACUGACCCUGAGCGAAUGUGUCUGCACAAUGGCUGGCUUCGGAGCGUAUCCGGAUGAGUCGGAUCCGAACAACGGAGAGGGACCACGGAAACGCUACCAGCACCUGAAACGCGAUGCAGACAAGCACCUCUACAACUUCACAACGAUUGUGAACACAAGAGUACUCGAGGUGGAGCGAUGCUGGACCUUCCGCGAGGGCAUGAAGCACUGGAACGUCUGCGUCCAGUAUUGGCUGGCUGUCAACGUUUACAAACUGUUCCCCAGCAAGAGAUACAGAACUGGCGCUACUUUGCUGUGCUCCGCCUACUGGCACGGAUUCCGACCGGGACACUACUUCUGCAUCAUGGGCGCUCCCUUCUACGUUGCCCUGGAGGACAUGUGGGAUAAGCUGGUGCGCAAACAUGAAAUUGGCACCAGGCGCAGGGUGAUCGAUGUUCUCUUCUGGAUCUUCAAGUGGUUCGCCUUCAGUUACUUGGGCGAGGCCUUCCUGCUCUCAUCCUUCGGCAACAUUUGGCGGUUCUAUAGCUCCGUUUAUCACAUUGGAUACGUAAGCUGGGCGGCAAUGAUUGCGCUGGGACUAUACCUGACCAGUCAGAAGAAGAAGGCCGAACGUAAAAAGAAUCGUGAGGUGGAGAAGGCAGCUGGCGGAGACGUAACCGCUGCCGCAGUACAGAAGGAGAAGGCGCAGUAGUGUGCCCAAUCGGUAGCCAUCAAUAUCUCUAACUGGUAGUUCAAUUCAUGGACAACUUCCCAAAAGUUUUCCAAUUGGUAUUUUAAAGUCUGUCGGAGGAAAUCGAAAUAUUUUUCAGUUCUAGUGUUACUUUAUUGUUAAUCGGGAUGAUCAAACGAUAUUUACUCUUAUAGAUGUAGUUCUCUUUAAAAAUCAGCUUUUUAAUUAUGUACAAAAGUCCGUUACCAUCCAUAUUCUUCGAGGAAAUUCAUACACUAUGAAUUGUAAAUAAGUUAAGACAUCUAAAAAGUAUAUAACUAUAUAUAC